AUGCUUCUGGUCACACUGGAUCCCCAGGAUCCUGAUGACAACACGACACCGAUGAUAGCCCCGAAGACUUUAUAUCUCGAAUUGAGGAUGUCUUUUGCCCGUGUUCAAGCUCAAUUUACCGCCUCGUCACGACUUAUACAGGCCGCACUCCUUAUUACUGCGUAUGAGUACGCGUGUGGAAAGCCCCAUGCCGCAUAUAUCUCUGUUGGACUUAGUGCGCGCAUGGCUUCAGUUCUUGGAAUCAAUCAACCCAAUUUGAACGAAAGGAGUAGCAGUGAUGUGAGCCUCAGGCUGCGACUCAGGGCUACUGAAGAGCAGAACAUCUACUGGGGAAUCAUAAUGCUGGAAAGGUCUGUCAUCAUUCCAUAG